AUGACGGUGGAAGCAAAACGCGAUCAGCAGCAAGAUGUUCCAGGCCGCCUCAUCGCGACAGCAGUCAUGCCUUCUUCCACCACCCGCCCACGAGACCACGCAAACUCGUUCGUCAAGCGUUAUCGGACCGAAAUAGCUGCCAGCUCUUCGAGCGUCUUCUCUACGCUGGCUGCCUUCCCUCUUGACAGUGUCAAGACUCGCAUGCAGACCUACCAAUACCGUGGCUUCAUUGACUGCGUCAAACAUACUUAUCGUACUGAACAUCUGGGUGGUUUUUUCCGAGGUAAGCAUUGGCUUCCUCCCUUCAAUGGCGCUGUGAUGGGGGUGGUUGUGUCGCAAUUGGCGCGCUUUGGUCGCAGUCUCAACAUCCAAACCAGACGACCCCUAUGGCCCUUUUACAUGUAUACCGAAAAAGGCGACUCGACGAAUAGCAAUACUAAAUUUUUGUGUCUUCUUACAGGUGUCAUGGCCCCCAUGGCCAGCAUUACUCUCGUCCGAACCGUGUCAUUUUCCAUUUACCAACGAGCGAAAUAUUCAUAUGCGGCCUGGGUAAAAAAGAAUAUGGGAUAUGACAUCCUUCGUCAUGUGAACAAGCCGGGUACAUAUCCAAAUCUAUAUUCGGUGGCCUGCUUCGGUGCCGCAGGCGCCACAGCCGGCUCUGUCAUUACAUUUAUCGCCUGCCCGUUUGAGCUUACGAAGCUCAGUGCACAGGUAUCUGUGCUACUGGCAGAAAGAGCAGGCAACUGUCAAAAGAGCAGAGCGGUAGCGUCGAGUUAUCAGAAUAAGGGAACUUUGAGGACCAUGGCCAACAUUAUCAAGCAUCGGGGCAUAUUGGGGCUAUACACAGGACUCAGGUUACACUUAUUGCGUGAUACACUGGGGACAUCGAUCUACUUCAUGGUGUACGAGAGCGGGAAGCAGCUCGGAACAACCCUAGCAGGGGACAAUCCAAAUAGCAACAAGUUGGCGGUGGUAACAGCCGGCGGCAUGUGCGGUCUUGUGUCUUGGGCAUUAAUCUACCCCAUCGAUUCCGCCAAAAGCAUAUACCAACGGAACUCACUCCUCCACUCCCGUGGAGAAAAAGUCGCUCCUGCCCCAAAGAUCGAGUUCUUCAAACGUCACAUGUAUCGUGGGUUGGGUGUCUCCAUGAGCCGUUCAUGCCUUGUUAAUGCCAUCUUUUUUUCGUCAUUUGAAUUCGUCAAGAAGCGCAUCAAGACGCUAGAUGAUGACGACAACAACAUCAAUAAGUCAAGGACAUAA